CUCAAUAGAUAUCGGAAGUAUUUGUGCCAUGGACUGAGGACCUGAUAUUGUCCUGUUUUACAGUAUUGUACCAUUUUCGAUUUAGGAUGGUUUUAUAACUACUUGUGAAUACAGAAGAAGUCUGAAAUGGACCACAUUUAAAUUAUACUGGAAUUAGAUACAAAAACAACAUUGCAGUACAUGUUGAUCUAGUGCUUGCCAGGCAGAAGCCCCAAUGAGGAUCCGAGUGAGAAGAUGUCCGCUAAUUGUAAAGACCUGCACAGUACUUGGCUUUUUUAUGAUAGCUUAUAUAUUAGUUGAAUUUUCUUCCCCUGUGUUCCACACUUCUGUAAAUGAAGGGCUUACCACAAAGAGGAGAUGGGAAAGAGUUAUCACUCUAGCAGAGGAAAAAAAUGAAGAACUUAGGCAACCAGUUUAUAAAAAGCCUCCUCCAGACCCAAACAUGCCUGGAGAAUGGGGUAAAGCUGCAAGAUUGGAGCUUGGACCAACAGAGAAAAAGAUGCAGGACGAAAGCAUUGAAAAAUAUGCCUUAAACAUUUAUUUGAGUGACCAGAUAUCACUGCAUCGGCACAUAAUGGACAACAGAAUGUACGAAUGUAAAUCAAAGACAUUCAACUACAGGAAGCUUCCUACAACAUCUGUUGUUAUAGCUUUUUACAAUGAAGCUUUGUCAACACUGCUCCGGACAAUACACAGCGUUCUAGAAACUUCCCCUGCUGUACUCCUAAGAGAAAUUAUAUUGGUAGAUGACUUCAGUGACAAAGUGUAUUUAAAAUCUCAACUUGAAGAUUAUAUUGGUGGCCUGGACAGGGUUCGUCUGAUCAGAACAACAAAACGAGAAGGACUGGUUCGUGCCCGGAUAAUUGGAGCAACUUAUGCGAUAGGUGAUGUGCUCACAUUUCUUGACUGUCACUGUGAGUGUAUUUCCGGUUGGCUGGAACCACUUUUGCAGAGGAUUGGUGAGAAUGAAACUGCAGUGGUCUGCCCUGUAAUUGACACAAUAGACUGGAACACCUUUGAAUUUUACAUGCAAACUGGGGAGCCUAUGAUUGGAGGAUUUGACUGGCGACUAACAUUCCAGUGGCAUGCAGUACCCGAAAAAGAGCGCCAGAGGCGGAAAUCUAGGAUUGAUCCAAUCAGAUCUCCAACCAUGGCAGGAGGGCUAUUUGCUGUUAGUAAAAAAUAUUUUGAAUACCUUGGCACCUAUGAUAUGGGGAUGGAGGUUUGGGGAGGAGAAAACCUAGAACUUUCAUUUCGGGUUUGGCAAUGUGGGGGAACACUGGAGAUUGAACCAUGUUCCCAUGUUGGACACGUAUUCCCCAAGAAAGCUCCUUAUGCAAGGCCAAAUUUUCUGCAGAACACGGCCCGGGCUGCAGAAGUCUGGAUGGAUGGAUAUAAAGAACUUUUUUACAACAGAAACCCACCUGCACGUAAGGAAAAUUAUGGUGAUAUUUCAGAGAGAAAAUUACUUAGAGAGAGACUACAAUGCAAGAGUUUUGACUGGUACUUGAAAAAUGUUUUCCCUGAUUUACAUAUACCAGAAGAUCGGCCUGGCUGGCAUGGUGCAGUCCGCAGUAUGGGUAUAAGCAAUGAGUGUCUUGACUACAAUGCACCAGAUCAUAAUCCCACUGGAGCUCAUCUCUCAUUAUUUGGAUGUCAUGGGCAAGGUGGUAAUCAGUUCUUUGAAUAUACAACAAUGAGAGAGAUACGCUUUAAUUCAGUCACAGAAUUAUGUGCAGAAGUCCCUGAACAGCAGACAUACAUUGGAAUGAUGCAUUGUCCAAAGGAUGGUAACCCUGUUCCUAAAAACAUUGCAUGGGAAUUCAGAAAUGAUGGAACAAUCUAUCAUCCAAGUUCUGGAACGUGUAUCAGCUCUUACCGCACGUCAGAAGGCCGAGCAGACGUACAGAUGAAAGGAUGCGACCCUUCAGAUAAAAAUCAGCUUUGGAAGUUUGAAUGGUAGAGGGAAGAGAAACCACUGUGGAUAAUGAGUGAGCCCUUUGGAAAAAAUGAAAUUAAUUUUGCAGAUUUAUCCGUGAUUAUGGCUACCAUUUCUUUUUUCCGACUACAAUGAAGUGCCUUUUACACAGCGCAGACUGUACUUUCUUCAAUUACAUGAUGAAUGGUACUUAAAAUAACAGUUAUGGCUCCAUGCUCACUUUUAACUUAAUUUAUGAGGCCUCCAUAGUUUUUACAGAGACUGUACUUUUAUUUUGGUACAAAUCUGACUUUUGACUAUUUUAGAUUAUAGAAAGUUUAUGGUACAUAUCUUGUAAAGGCUUUACUGUUUAAUGACAUGAUUUGAUGAGCAGCCAAUUAAGUAUUUAGCACAAAAGUGGUUUGUUUUUUGUCUUUUGUGCUUUUCUGUAUUGGAUAGGCCUUAGUCCUGGAUGACUGCAGAGCCUAUUAUAUGUCCACAAUAGUAUAUUUUGCUCAGUGCAUUGCAUUUUUAUCUGUAGCAGUAAAACUGCUAUGUUGAGUACCUGUACUUGUAUUUAUAAUAUAAUGGACUCUGGCCACUUUGUAACUUGCAUUUAUAUGCAAAGUCUGUCUCAAAGUACAGACAUAAUUAUAUGCAAGUUGUCUGCACAGAUUUCUGGAAAAUCUGAUGCAAAGGACAAUUUAAAAAAAAAAAAAGAUAUAUUUUUUAUUUUUUACUAGAGUGGGUAAAAGAUUUUUGGAGGAGGGAAAAAAUAGGAAAUUUGGAAUAAUGAAAAGUUUUAACUACUGAUUAUUUUAAUAGUCCUAUUAAUAUCUGCAUAAUUAUGUAAGACUUAAUUUAAAUUUCUUAUAAGAAAAUGAAGCACUGGAAAAUAAAAGAUUUUUCCAAUGAG